AUUCAUCAGUACGCCAAAAGUCUGUUGCACUUGACGCCGCGGUAGCUGCGGAACAAUGAAGCUUACGUGGGACUCGUGCAUCAUCGCAUUCACAACUCUUUCUUCUCCUACUCGUCAUUCGACUUGUCACACACGUUGCAGCGUUUGCACAACACCAGCCCCGAUUUUGUUCACUUGCCAUUACAUGAACGGGCUGACCAGCGGUUCGUCUGGAACCGACAUUUGCUCCAGAAGACCGGCGAAGAUGGAAGAUAUUACGUUGGGUCGUUAUUUCACGACGACAUUGAGACAUUCAGCAGAUCUGGCAUCUGGCACGCUUAUGACCGUAUCGUUUAUCUUAUUGGCCUCGCUUGAAGUCGACGGUUCUGCAGCCAACUAUGUAUUGGAGACUGAGCAGAUUGAGGUUAAGUUGUUAGCAAAACCCAGCGAGUCACCCAAGGAAAGACCGGGAGGCGGACGCAGUGAACAGGCGGACACGCGGGCAUGUUAUACGGUGGCAGGGCACGAAGACGGUUUAACUAGACACGUUUUAGUCGCAAGUGUGCAAGUUCGUUCUUACAUAUACGCGGCAGUGAAACUAGCGGAAUCUGCGUGGCGGCUGCUGACGCUUACGUUCAUGCUGGUGUAUCUGUGAUGCAAGUGGCGGGUCU